AAACUCCAGAGAGAUGGAUGUGGAGAAACAUGUCAAUGGGACGAGUGAAGAGGAGACCCAAUGCAAAGAGCCGCUGGACAGAAAUGAUUCCUCAGAAAUAAAGAUGCUAAUGGUGGGUGCCGAUGAGGUGGAAGGCAUUUCUCUGACUCAGAGCCCAGCGGAGCUCAAGGAAUCACUGUGGUUUGUGGAGUCGGAAGACCUUCUUGCAACAGGGGUGGAAGAAGUGUUUGACAUCUUGCCCCUCUAUGGAAUGCUGCAACCCAGCGAGAGUCAGCAGGUCUCGUUCACCUUUUAUGGCCACGCCGACAUCACUGCCCGGGCCAAGGCGCUGUGCAAAGUCGAGGGAGGCCCUACCUAUGAGAUCAUGCUGAGCGGAGAGGCUUCACUCAUCAGUUAUGCCUUUGACAUAAAGGAGAUUAACUAUGGGCUGCAG